AUGCCGGAUCUCACGAACGCGUUCCUCGAGACCAAGGUCUACGCUGCAUCGCGCCUCGAGUUUGCCGCCAGCGGUAUUAACGAAGCGCGCGUCUUGAGCAACGUCAUCCAGUCGCGCGUGGUCACGACGCUCGAGGCGCUGGCAAUCCCCAACGCCGGCAUUUAUUGCACGCUGGACGACACGCUAUACCAAGAUCAAGAUGAAGGCCGCUGGGAGACGCAAGUUCGCGAGGAGCUCGCGUGGAAGCGGGCUACCGACCCGAACGCGGCGGCCAAGAAGCAGCUUGCGCCCGGCGCCUUCCCGAACCCUGCCAAGAUGGACAACUGGAGCGUCGAGCCGGAUCGGUACAUGCGCCAACGGCGCUUCCUUCAUCGCAUCGCCCGCCUCGGCCCAGACGCCGCGAUCGGCUUUUGCGACAUUAGCCGCGGCCUCAAAGGCGACCCGGUCGACGACGAAGAAGACGAGACCGAGCUCGAGCCCGAGAAAGAAAACAAGCUGCGGCUGCGUGCGAUCGAGUCGGAGCAGAUGAAGACGCUCGUGGUCACGCAGCUGCACAAGGAGGUGUGGGCCAUGGACAAGAAACAGCUGAAGCAAGUGGUCAUGGCCAUGACCAAGAACGUCGACAGCAUCCUACUGCAGCAGCGCCGCAAGCACAUCAAACAACGAAUCGCCAAGCUCCAAGAUCGGCAGCACGGCAGCAGCAACGGCCUGCGAUCCGAAAGCAGCAGCAACGACUCGGCGCCGCACGACUGCCUACAGCAGCGGGCGCAUAUGAACUCGACGGAGCUGCUCGUUGGCGACAUGGACCGCGCGCGCUUCAACGCAACCGAGCUGCUCGCUCGCCCCGAUGUCGACGCGCGCCGGCUCAACCACACCGAGCUGCACGGCAGCUCGUCCAUGAGCUCCGAGGGCAAGCGCCGGUCCAACUCGGUCGAAGGACGCGGCGUCUCGAGCCACAGCAGCGUCAGCAGCAGCAGCAGCAGCAGCAAUGGCAUGCGCUUGCACGACCCAGCCGACUAUGCGUCCUUGACUCUCGACCGGCUCGAGCACGAACUCCUGGUCGUAAAGGUAGCAAUGCAAGCGCCACAACUGGAUGGACUCACAAAGGACCGGUACCGACGACAACUCUCGGAGCUCAACGCGCGCAUCGCACGCGCUGAAGCCGACGCCAAGCGCGACAGCUCUGUCCAGCGCUCCGAGCUUGCGGAGCUCAAGCAGCACCUCAAGGCCGUCGGCACGCGGCUCGAAGAGACGACGCACGAGAAGACGUUCCGUGCGCUACUACAAAAGCGCGCCGACCUCAAAGGAAAGAUCGCGCGCCUCGAGCAGCAGCUGGUGCCCGAGAUGCCACCGGCGCCUGCGCCACUGCACCCGAACGCGUCGCCAGCCGAGAUUACCAUGUACAUCUCGGGGCACAAGCGCGAGCUGCGCGAGCAGCAGCCACUACAUGGCCCGGCGAAAGAGCUCAAGCAGGCCAUCCUCACGGCGCAGGAAGCUCUACAACGAACGUCGGCCGUCACGACGGCAUCCACGGACGUGCCGACGUCACGCGCGCCGAGCGAAGCGAUGCCAGAGACCAUGGACGCGCCUGCUGUCGAAAAACACAUUGCGGGUCUCAAGCGGGAGCUGAUUGUGUCGGCCGUCGCCCAGCCCACGGCGUCGACGGCCCAGAAGCCCGAGCUCCUCCGCCGCCGCAGCAUCGUCAAGGACCACCUCGCCGCCGCGCAGGACGAUUUGGCUCAGAUUACGUCGCCCGACGUCGAGAAGGCGAGGCACGAGAUCGCUGUCGUGCAGCAGUACAUUGCAUCUCUCCAAGACGACCUCGCUGCAGUCCUCGCCAAGAUCAACUCGAAAGCGCCGGCCGAUUUGGCUAAGUCGUCGCUCUACAUGAUGCGGCGCAACGAUCUCAAGAACAACCUGAGCUUUGCCCAGGACCAGCUCGUGGAGCUGACGCAAAACCUCAGGGCGGCGCUGGCGAAGGCGCGGCCGAUCCCGUCGCGGUCGUCGACGGCCUCGUCGGACAAGCGCGACUCGUCCAAGGCCGAGAUACUCGACGAACCGAUCCCGCUCUCGAGCGAGGACCACCUCUUCCGCAAGCGCAAGGUCGUCUGGUGCAGCAUCGAAGCCAGCGGCUGUCUCUGCUGGUACAAGAGCCAGCGCGACCUCAAGCACGUGCGGGGCUAUGUCGACUUGGCGAAGACCUCGGCGCGGAACGUCUUUGUCAACUACGCGCGCGGCAACACCUUUGACCUGCAUGUCGUGAGCCCCGGCUUGCUCGCCAACACGGAAGAAGUUCGCGCCAUCAACGACACGAUCAAGGUCCUCGAGACCGCCACGCCGAUGGGUGCCGACACCUUUGGCCGCAACUCGGUCGUCUUUUAA